AUGCAACUUUUUCGGGAUGUUAUAGAUGAAUGCGGAUUUCUUGAUCUUGGCUAUGUGGGAGACCAAUUUACUUGGAGGAAACAUUUUGCGGAUGGACAUUCACUGUGGGAAAGAUUAGAUCGGGGGUUAGCUAACCACGAGUGGUUCAUGAAAUUUACAGGCACAAAAAUCCACCAUCUGCACUCAGAUUCUUCCGAUCAUUCCCCACUGUGGAUCUCACUAGAUGGUUUAGACAUUCCACCUUUUGCUAAACCAUUUAGGUUCGAAGAAAUGUGGCUCUCUGACCGUGGGUGUUCAGAUAUUGUAGAGGCAGUUUGGCUGUCAAGGGGAGAGGAGGAAAACCAUGACCAUGUUAUGCACAAAAUAGAAAGAUGUGGUAGAGAACUCCGCAAAUGGGAGCGAGAUUGCUUUGGGAAUGUCAAAUUGAUACUGAGUCAGAAGAGAAAGGACCUAAAGGAGGCCGAAACAAUAGCCAUGAGAAUUGGAAAUAAUAUGCAUGUCCGUGUGUUGCAAAAGGAGAUAGCUGAGUUGAUUGAUAAAGAAAAUAGACUGUGGUUCCAAAGAGCAAAGGUCACGUGGCUAAAUUUGGGGACAGAAACUCUAAAUUUUUUCACAGCCAUGCGUCUCAGAGGAAGAGGAAAAAUUUGA